GGCGCUGCGAAAAAGGUGCUAAAAAGCGCCCUCUGUCCUAAAAUGGGUCGUACCAAGCUCGGUCGUCUGCUUCGGAAAGCACGUUUACAAUAUGGACCCGCCACUUUCGGUUGUGUUGUAUCACGGCCUGCAGCGAAUAUCGGGCGCCGAAGAUUUUUUCAGGAGUGGCACGCUGCGUAAAGGCAAGAAAUUAUGCAGUGCCGAAUACGUGUAUGCCGUUCAAGAAUUAAGCGGCGAAGUUUUAGCGCGGUGUCAAUCGGAAGUGAAGCGAGUCGCGUACGAAGUGGAACUUCAGGUAAGGUUUGCACGCUGCUAGAUUCAGGCGCACAAACGCGAGGAAAUGCUUGCUAUAAAUGAAUCCACAGCAGCGAUAAGCAGACAUCAUGUGUACGGAACUGCUCGAGCACACGACGGUACGCGCCGCGACGGCAGCGGUCUUUCAGCAUGCCGCGAUGUACGAAGUGCUCGAGCGCACGAUCGUACGCGCCGCGACGGCAGCGGUCUUUCGACAUGCCGCGAAACGGCGGGUCUCCUGCAAUCUUUGUUGACUGCAUGCCGCUAAACAAGUAGUUAGGCCUGCGUUGUAGUAGCGGCCAUCUGUCCCUUUUAGUAACUGGUAAUAACUGAUGCAAUGCAUAUGAGCUCGCACGUACGUGCGAAUCGCGCAGCGCGAGCUCGUGCGCUGCUCGCUUGAUGUAGCUUUUAAUGACAACGCUCGAAAAUCGAUCUGCUGUAAUCAAUACUAUCUUGCUGCGCUGCCUCAACAUGCUGGCUUGAGGUCAAGUAUGAGCACAUUUAACUCUCUAACCUGUGCUGCUCGUAGUGGGGUAGUGAAUUAUCACCGAAUCAACCCGGCCAUUUGUGGUCAUUUGCACACACCUGGGCACUUCACCACUUCGCACCGGUCGAAUUGUUAAUUGUUGCUGUGGCCGGGUUUCGAAUCGUGAAUCACCAGCCAUGCCUGCUGCUAUAUCGGUCUGCCGUCGGGACUGUAGAUGCAAAAGACCGAAUUUUAGAACGCAGAUCUAUAAUCAAGCAAGCUUCAAGACAGGUGAAGCAGCCAGCAUGGCGCGAAGUUUCGCUUACCCAGCGCGACGAACUGCAGUUAUACAGCGCGCCCGACGCUCCGCUUCGUGAGGCCUCGAAGGGAAACGAUAGAAUCGUAUGUUGGGAUUCAGGCCUUCUUGUUCAUGGGAGCCCACGACGCAGCAGUAUCGACGGUGACGCUUUUUUCGAUGCUGAGCUAGGUCCCUCCGGAUCGGCGUCGCCGAUUCCUUCUGCUUCCAGCAUUACGUCCCACGACACACGGAGAGUCCGUUUUCGUUAAACUAUAGGCUGCGACCAGCUCGCAGCGUGGUCGAUGUGGUCUGUGAGAAGUGACGAGCCUUUUCGCACUCGCAACAGGGCAGAAAAAAGUGCGAAUCGACGCAAAACUCGGCCUAGAAACGUGCUUCGCCACAGCCAGGGCUCAAUACGACCCAAGCUGGUACGACCCAAAUGUCGUUUCCCGCGCCGCCACCAGGCGCCGCAACUAUACCUCAAACUCCAGCGCAAGACGCCCAUUGCUAUAGGCCGUAUUUUUGCCAUAGCGGCUUCACAGGGCAUGUGAAAAAAAGAAAGAAAGAAAGAAGGAAAGAAAGAAAGAAAGAAGGAAAGAAAGAAAGAAAGAAAGAAAGAAAGAAAGAAAGAAAGAAAGAAUAAUAUUAAUAAGAAGAAAACAACAAGACAAGACAGCAGCUGUUGGCGCGGUGUGUUUAGUGCACAGACAUAAAGCCUGAGAACGAUAAGUUUAUAGUACGGGCACAGCUGCUAAAAUUUCCGGCUGUGCUGCCAUAGAGGCCCAUUAUUGCGCAACACUUUCACGGGCAUUAGUCCGCGCUGUUGGUUGUGGUAUAGCAGCCGUCUUUAUGCGGAGUUAAGCCAUUAUGCUGCACUGUACCGCUGAAUGUUAUUCCGUGCUGCCCAGUGCUUCGUAUCCAUGUUGGAAUGAGCCGUGAGAACUGAAGUAACCGUACUGUGUGGGAACAGCGCGAAGAGACAAAAGACGGGAAAAAAUGACUACACGCAACUGAAAGCUCCCGAUGACAUCGACAACAUGACGAGCCAGUUGAUCGACGGCUCGUACUCGCCGACGAAAGACGUCAUGCCGAACCCGUUUCAUUACCGUAUCCACCUCACCCGGGCCGACAAGAUCAAGGUGGCCCUGAUGUCGGUGUUCGUGGUUCCGGUACGCAUCGUGUUAAUCAUAUUCUUCCUGCUGCUCACCUGGUUGGGCUGCUACCUGGGUCAGCUUGGCCUUUCGCACAAGGACCGCACAGGGAAGCCACUCACGGGAUUCCGCAGGGCCAUCCAAAGCGCGUCCCGAGAGUGCGUGCUCAUGUGCGUGCGCUCCGCUGGCUUCGUGCUGCGGACGGUGGGGCGGGCCGCGCCCGCCCACGAGGCUCCCAUCCUGGUGGCCGCGCCGCACUCCUCCUUUUUCGACACGGUGGCCGCCAUGCACGGCAACCCGGUACCUUCGGCCGUCGUGCGCUCCAAGAGCAAGGGCAUGUUCUUCCUCGGCACCAUCUUGAACUUCACUCAGCCCGUGUACGUGAAGCGGAGCGACCCAAACUCACGCCAGAACACUGUGCGCGAGAUCACCCGCCGCGCUACUUCCAAGGAGCCUUGGUCCCAGGUGAUCAUCUUCCCGGAGGGCACCUGCACUAACCGUUCCUGCCUCAUCACCUUCAAGCUGGGUGCCUUUGUUCCCGGAGUCCCGGUCCAGCCUGUUCUCAUUCGGUACCCGAAUGAACUGAACACCCUCAUAUGGACAUGGGAUGGCCCCUCUGCCUUCGAGACCUUAUGGUUGACCUUGUGCCAGUUACGAACGCACAUGGAAAUUGAGUACCUUCCUGUCUAUGUUCCAAGUGAAAGGGAGAAGAAAGACCCCAAGCUUUAUGCUGAAAAUGUUCGGUGCUUGAUGGCCAAGGCCCUGCGAAUCCCACUUUCAUCAUAUUCAUAUGAUGAUCUUAAACAGACGGAUGUGGAGGACAGUGCUCGUGUGAAGACAGUUGUGUGCAAUCGCCUGCAGCAGCUCAUCAGUAGGAAUUGCAUCCAGUUCCGAGAUAUGAGCGACGUGAUUCUCAAAGUGAAAGCUGCCAUAAAAAACCGUGAGAGCUCAAGGGUGAGCUUUUUAGAGUUUGUUGCUAUCCUUGGAGUGCCCUCAGACCACAUUUCCAAGAACAUGUUUGAGGCUCUUGAUAUAGAUCAAACCAGGAAAGUGGACUUGCGUGCUGUCCUGGCUGCUUUCUGGUUGGUUCACAAGUCUGAAAGGCAUCAGACCGAAAAAGCUUUUGAGGCAUUUUGUGAGGGUAGCAGUGGAAUACGUUUGGAGGACUUUGCACAACUUAUCUGGAUUCUUCUUGCACUCCCAAAGUCUGCAGCCAUGUCAAUGUUUCAGAAGAUUGACACUGCUGCCCUGGGGCAAAUUAACUUUGAAGACUUCAAGGAAUUCAUUUCGAUGACAAAAUGGGCUGAUAUCUUGGCAUCACCAUUGGGCAACAGUGACUUACGAGAUGGAAACAAGUGUGUGCCAAGCAAAGAAGAGUGAUAAGGGACAGUUGCCGUGACUGUAGAUACACACUGUGUUUGUUUUCUUUUGUGAUUUUUAUUGUUUUUAACCAAGAACUGCCAGUUCUCUUUUAGUCAGAAAUUUUCAAAUGUCGUUUGUUUCACUCAGUGUAAGAUAUUUAUAUUUUUUAAUGUGAGACCAUUUCCUGCAGAGAGCAUUGCCACUAUGGUCCUUGGAGCCUAGUGCUAGCCACUCAGCAAUGUGGUGGACUUCCUUACAUGGGACCAGAUGCCAUAGGUGCUGGUUUUUAGUCUGUCCCCAUUUUUCUUAGUGGAAGCAGUGUAACACAGCAUUGCACUUAGUUUUAAUAUAUGUUCUAGGUACAUAACGAGCUCCACCCGUGACAAAAAUGGCUGUCAGUGGUGCACUUACAAGUAAUGCGGCCAAAGCAUGCAGUGAUGCUGGAAGGAAAUACAACUUGUGCAGCUUUUGCUUGCUGUUCAGCCCAGUUGGCCUUGUAAACUCACCUUUGUAAAAGUGAUUGGUAGACCUUUCUAGUGUUGGGUGUUUUGCCUCGCAGGGCUUUUCACCUAGCUAUUUGUAUUUGGAUGCCAUCUUCUAAGAUUGAUUGAUAAACAAGCAGUUUUUUGGUGAUGCUGUGCUUUAUAGCACUUGCAGAUGCUCUGAGCUUAGCUUCAGUUUGGAAACAGCCAUAUUUUAUUACUGUUUACAUCUUGGAAGCUACCAUUACAGCCUACAAUAUAUACCAACAUCCUUUUUAUAUGUUGUGGAACUGAGUGUAGUGUAUAGCACGGCUUGGUACUGCGCGUGCAUAAGAAGGAAUGCAAUGGAAGUAGCAGCCCAGCAUACUUCUUCAUUUACACACCAGUUGUGUAGCCAUAGUGCAAAACUUUGCCCUUAAAUGAUACUUGUAGGCAUGGCCGAUGUUAGCUGAUGGCUGCCUUUAAGCCUCUUUGCUUUGUCUCAAUUCAGGGAGCUCACUCAUGCUGCAAGUUAGUGACCUGCCUGAAUAAUACUGUGUUUUGUGAAUUCUAACAUCAAAUAAUUCAGGUUUUGAAAGACUUUGCAAAAAUAAGUGCACUAUGACCAUCAUGAAGUAGGUUUUUGCUUUCAACGUCUUGUUGUUCAUGUUUGUAGAUCUUUUUUAUCUAUUGAAAACAUGCAGUAGAUGACAAAUGCGGAAGUGUGCAAAGUUCAAUUGCGCUCUGAGGUAUGCCUGAAAAAAAAAAUGCUAUGUCACAUGCAGUUGCAUUAUCACAUUGCAGAUCACAGAAAGCUGCCCCUGAAUAAAUAUUUGCCAGGUGUUUGAACUUCUGCACCCAAGCUCUUGUGUCACUUGCGUCUGGAGAUGUUUGCUGCAGAUGUGCAUGCUUGCUGUCAGUGUGUAUUAUAUGAGAAGAGCUUGAAAAAAUGCUGUCGCUGAAGGAUUGUUUGGAUAAUGUGCAGCAGGACCUUAAUGAAUGCAUAUAGCGUUCUUCAGAUGGAACCAGACCAGGUGAUCUUUCUUGCACUGUCGUGUGGAAAGCCUGUAUGCUGCUUAGCUCAAGCUGCCUUGGCUCAAGCUAUGGUUGAUGUAAAUGUUAUUGCUGUUUGUUGUCUCAAACUUUGACUGCUUUACUUAGGAUUGCCAAAGGCUGCAUGGAUGAAUGUUGUGACUUUGUCAAGCCCAUUCAGUAGCUUUUAGGCUGAUUCUGGUGUGAUGAAUCUUGGCCAAAUUUGGCAGAAAAUGUCAGCUUGUAGCUUAUCCUUGUCCCAGUUGUUUUUAUCAACUGAGAGGGAUCUUUUAUGCCCAUAUUUUUGUACUAGCAUUCAUCAUUGGUGUGCAUGGAAGCAAAUGCAUAUACAGGAUUUCUUGUUUCAGUGUCAGUGGCUUUAUGUUUAUUAAUGAGAUAUGCUUUUUUUCACUUAAAUUUGCUGAUUAAUUUUGUUGUGACUAUAGUGUGGAUGAUGACACAGUUGGCUCAUAAUUUUUUAACAUCAUACAUGUUCAUUGUCUGCUAAAAACUUGUUUGCAUUAGGUAUUUGAUGUCUGUGAAGUUGUAAUAUGAUUGUUAUUUGUAAAGUAUGACAAAUUGGGAGAAGUUGUAAUACUACUGAUUUCUUAUUUAUGUCUUUACCGGUCUGCAUGCAUUAUUGUAUGGAAUUCACUUGUCUGAAUGUGGUAUGAAAAGUAAUUAAAAGUAAUUCAACAUAAACCACUG